AACCACAAGACGUGGAUUCUUCCUAAAAUGGCGGCGGUUCCUGUCAGUGUAGAGUGAAACUUUGCUAUUUUUAGCGAGAAUUUAGUCAUUUUCUGUCCCGUUUGGCCGACCACAGUCUUCUAAUUAUUACAGUAGGCGUUGUAAGAACUCAGAGGCGUUCAUCAUUGACCCCCAGCACCGAGUGGACUCGUUCAGGGCUCCGUUUUUGGCCGCCUGAUCGCUGGGCUUCCCUCGAAGUUGACGGUGGCUGAGUGCCUGACAUUGCUCUCAUACCGACUGUUGUUGUCACCCGGAUUGCUCAACAACGCGGAACCGUCAGGUGAGGCUGUACGUCGGCCGAGCAGCGAGCUAGCUAACCGGUCAAAGCGUGUGGAUCAAAGGAGUCUGUGGGUUUCGGUUGAUCCGGAUCCAGCCGGUGCGGGUCUGAGGACGUGUCAGCUGUCAGAGAAAUAAAUCUCAGGUGUUGGAUGUCACCUGCAGUCAGAGUCAGCCUCAAUCUGGUUUGCUAGCAUCGUCCAUCCUGGCAAAUCAAAUGGAGAAGCUCCAGGACCUGAGCCAAUCAGAGCUGCAGGAGCUCCUGGACACGCCGGAGAGGGUGGAGUCUAUGGCUCUGGAGUCUGAUGAGAUCCAGAACAUUCAGCUGGAGAGAGAGAUGGCUCUAGCAUCAAACCGCAGCCUGGCCGAACAGAACCUGGACAUAAAGCCUCGCCUGGAGUCCCAGAAGGAGCUGCUGGUGGAGAGAUAUUCCCAGCUGGAGUCCAUCAGAGAAAACUACAGACAGCACUGCUCCUUAAGAGAUGGGAUGGUGGGUCAGGUGUCUCCUGAGGCAUUUUUCUCCAGACUCCAGACAGAGGGCGGGAAAACAGAGGCAGAGUCAGAGGUUCUAGCAGAUGAGUUUCUGGAAGGUUCUCUGCCAUUGGACUCCUUCCUGGAGCGCUUCCUGUCCCUUCGCUCACUCGCUCACAGGAGGCGGGUUCAGAUAGAGAAACUGCAGGAGAUCCUGAGACAGAGGAGUGAAGGCAAUCACACCGCCAUGACAUCAUCAGUGGGCAGCCAGGACCCAACCCCUUCACCGUGGAAUCAACCCACAAACACAUCAACAACAGCACAUCAGCAGCAACCGAGUUCCGCCCCUCAGAACCCCUCACAGCAGACCGCCUCCUCAUCAGCAGGGGGCGCCGCCGGCCUCCCCUACAGCCCCUACCCUGUCACCCCCCAUAACCCUCCCACAGCAGCGGCAGCAAGCUCCGGCCCCACCAACCCCCCCUCACAGUUUCCUCCGUACCCAAGCUCCGGCUCAUCCUUCACCCCUACGGGGAGCUUCUCUGGCCCCCGGCCCGCAUUUGGGCCCCCGGCUUCAGGGAGCUGCCCCUACCCAGCCCAACCCUCCUUCCCUACCCCCCACCCGGGCUCAGCAUUUGGCCAGUACACCCCCAGCCACUCUCAGAGUGGCACCGCCCCCUAUCCUGCCUCCUACAGCUACGGGGGCUACAACUACCCCGCGGGGCCUGCCUACUCCAGCUCUCAGUCCCCCACAGGGAGGCCCCUGUACAGACCGGGAUACGGGGUCCCACAGCCGUACUCCUGAGAGCCCCGUCCCCCUCCACCUCCUCUUCUCUGUUCUCCCCUCCUCUUCUCCCUUACCUGACUCCUCAUCCCAAUCCCCCUCCUCCUCUCGUCUUUUUACCUUUUCUAACCCCCCUCCUCCUCCCCCCAGAGUCAGAGGUCUCUCGCUUUACUUCUCUUUGUUGCACUAUUUCUCUCUCUCUCUCUCUCUCUCUGUCACCCCCUUGCCCACACACACACUAGUCUCAGGUUGUUGUGUUGAAUACACUCGUAUCUGGCCCUUCAUACACUCCUCCCCGUCAUCUUUGUGUGUUUUUGUGUUUGUGUGUGUGUUUGUGUCUGUUACUUAUCAGAGAGUCAGACCAAACACAGAGUGCACUCCUCCUGAUGACACACGUGAACUGAGUGUGUUACACUCCAUCAGAGUGCAGUUUGUAUGUGUGUGUGUUCUGCAGAGGGAGCUGGUUAGUCCUGAUCCGGUUUCUUUAACGCUCUGAUGAUGAUUAAAGUGAUCCCUGGAGGCUGUUCAAUCGUGUUGGGCUCAGGUCUACACAAACACUUUGACUCUAUCACAGGUGUGUCAGGUGAUUCAUUCUGCUCUCUCACCUGCAGACCAUCAGAGGCAGCACACACCUGUCCCCCCACCACCUCAGUUUCUCUGACCAAAGAGCCUUUCAUUUAAUUUAAUUUAGUUCAAUUUAAUUUAACACUAAAGAGAAGCUGCAGCCGUCAACUCUGUGUAACAUGUUUCCAUGCUCAUUCGCGCCCCCUGCUGGUUCUUCUCAGGAUUGUCCAUCUUGUUACCAGUCACUGAAGCUAAACAAGCUCUUAGUCAGUUCAGCUGUGCGUGCCCCGCAGACAGAACUAUAGGUGAAACUUUAAAAUGUUUUUUUUCCUCUGCUAGCUAAAGGGCAGCAGAAAGUGUUUCAGCAAGAAGUCACAACUACAUGAAGAUGAUACAGCAACACGACUAACAAAAGAUUUCUAUUCCAUAUCUUUCAGACUUUUUUGGCCUCCACCUCCUCCUUAGGGAAACAUCUGUCUCUCUAGCGUCCUCACCCUCCAUUAUGUUCACCAGCUUGUCUCAGAACUUUAUCAGUCUACACCCCCCCCCCCUUUACUCGGUGCUGAAACAAGGAUAAAUUGAGAAGAGUUUGGUAAGAUAUUUUUAAAAAGACUCUUCACAGCUCAGGUCAUUUGAUCCUCUGAUGUUCUCCAAACAAAACAUUUUUAAGUCAUUUGCAAAUUUGCAUUGGUUCAAAAUUUAAACUCAAGCUUCAAAUUCACCCAAUGGGUUAGAAAACCUCUUGGUGCAAAGUCUACUUGGACACUUAAAACAAACUGGCAUUCAAAAAACAAACAUUUUAAGUUUUCUUUUGUUUUCUUGUAGACAGACCUGAAAAAUCCUUAAUUCAGACUUUUUAUAAAUCAGCACCAUGAUGUAGUUACUUCAACAUCCUUUCAGCCUGUUUAUUGUCCCAAAAUCACAAUAAAAUCUGUUUAAAAUCUGGCUUCAUAGCGCUGUGAAACAUUUCAGCUGAGUUAAGUGUGACUUGUUAGUUACAGUGAAACUGAGACUUAGUAGAGACACAUGGACAUGCUCGCUACAGGUGAAACAGCGAAUAGUUGGUUUCCAUCAGAGACAUCCUGGUUCUGGUCCUAGCUAACAUGUCAUCAGACUGAGCACUGGUCAGCCUCAAGUAGCAGGAAGCAGCAGGAAAGUUCAUGGAGGAGGAGGGGAGAUCAACCCAGCUGAGUGCUCUGAACAUACCUGAACCACCUGUGCACCAUCGUAAUGAGCUGCUUUUUCAUUUGUUCGGUCUUAUUGUAGUGAUGUCCGACUCCUCACCCCAGGUUAAGACUUUAGGUUGACAUUAGGGGAAUCAUGUUUAGCUGUUAGCUGUUAGCGCUAAUAGCAUUUGUCACAUGUGUGAUUUCAUAUUGUUAGCUUGUUCCACAUACCUCUGUCAGGACGAGUGUUAAAGCUCCUUCAGUUCUCACAUGAUGGGGUCUUCAGGCAAUCAGAGCAGGGUCAGGUGAUCGGAGGAGGGUCGUGAUUCGGUUGAAGCGGCCGCGGCUUAUGCAGACAGGGCUGAUGGGAAUUUGAAGUUUCUGUGAACAGGGAGGUAGAGACAGUUUGAUGCAAAGAGCUCUGGAGUAAGUGCAUGUGUCUGUGUGUGUUUGUGUGUGUGAAUGAAUCAUGGUUCCACAUCCUACCCCCCCUUCGACCUCCCCUCCCCUAAACAUGAACUGAUGCUGGACAGAAAUCACCUGAACUCUUUGCUUCUGCGUUUGAGGACGUGUGGUCUGUGACUAAACAUGAAGGUGAUCAGCUGUGGAUCGAUGAUUUCAGUGAAACAUUAAUGACAUAAUGAGGUUGUUUAUAGAUAUUUUAGAAGAAGAUAGGUACCCAUAAAUGACACUCUCAAUUACACAUGAAGUUUGAAAUUUCAUCAAACUGAUCAAGUUUCAUAUUUUACAUCGUCUCUCAGCUGAUAUGUUUUAGUUUGAUCAGCUGAUCAGUAAAAUGUCCUCCAGCUCCAAACUUUAAGUCUUAAAGUGUUAAAAUCUCUUAAUCCUCACACAAGUGAAAGGUGAUUCACACAAAUCCAAACUGUCCCAGCCUCCAAAGUUCAGGGCUGAGGUGUUCAAAAGUGUCUGAUCAGAAAAAAAGACCUAAAGCAAAACAAACUACAUGAGUGUACAGGAUCAGGGAAUCCAGUCUUGUCUUAUCCUAAUCAAACUUCCAAUUUGUGUUGUUGAAAACUGUUCAGUAGGAUUGGAAUAUCUUAAAUCUUAAAAUCUGGAUUGUCUGGAUCACAGCACAGGGAUGGAUUCAGAGUGGAUAACAGGUACAAAAGAAAACUUCUGAACUGGUCAGACAACACAUUUUUUCCAAUUGGCAUCAAUGUUAAACUAAAUAUAUAAUGAAAAGCAGCUGUAUGGAUCUUUAAGUUACUGAGGGCUUUGGAGCCCCCUGUGAACAAAGCAUGUGCUCCCAAUUAGACCUCCGGUGAUCUCUAUUAAUCUAUUUGGAUCAAGUUGAUUCAGGAUAGUUUUCGAUUUGAUUUCGGUUUGAUGUCUUUAUUUCAAUCAUGUAAAAGUAAAAUAGAAAAAAAUAACAAUCAAGUAAAAAAGAAGAAAAAGGUAUGCAAAAAAACAUUGCAAAAACUUUGGAAUUUAACUUUGGAACACCUCGGCCCUGGACUAUCAUCCACAACCCUCUGAUCAGCCAGAUGAACCAUUAAAGGUCCCAUAUAAUGAAAAACCCAUUUUCCUUGCGAAUACCGAUUUGACCUUUAGUCAUCCUCAAGCCUAGCAACUGUGAGAAUGUGGAAGUGAAAAAACCUUCACGUUGUUUCUGUAGCCUGCCUACUGGGAAAACAUCAUAGAAAGAGCAGCAUGAGUGGUUUGCAUAUGCAUGCAUGCAAAACCCAUUUCCCAUCUUUGAGUGUUACUGCUUCCUGCUACACUCUUGUUGGCUAUCUGCUGGCAUGGGUGAUGACAUAAAGUGGCACAUGAAAAUCAAGAAAGUAGGUAUAACACCUGAAUUUUAAUGUGCCACUCAGAGACAUGCUGUUGUAACUGCAGCUGCAACACUUCAACAGUUAAGUGUAGUGUAAUGGCCCGAGUUCUUCUGGAGCACCAACAAUGUUUGUUUUGGUGUUUUUCCACUUCUGCAUCUGUCUGCACCGGUCUGCACCCUCCCCUCUCAGACAAUAUUCAGGCAGCCAAUCUGCAAUGUGCCUCAUCUCUAGCAUCCCUGCCCACUCAGAUCCCUGUAAGGUUAAUGAGGUUAGAAACUGAGAGGCUACAGAGGCUGAAAUUGUCCGUUUUUUUUUUGCAACUGAACUCAAAACUUUGUUUAAAAGAAAAGUAGGAUAUGUUGUAAACAGCUAAAAAUACCAUGAUAUGGGACCUUUAAUAGCUCAGGCUAAUACUGUGCUCAAAUUACAGAUUAAAAAUCAGGAGGAUGUGCACAGUUUUGGGGCAGCUGUGUGUCUGGAGCCCGGCAUGCAGAAACACACAAACACACCUCAUGUUCAUUUAAUUCAUCACACUGCAUGUCAGAUAAUCAUUUAGAGUAAAUUUAAAUGUCAGAACGACAUUAACCUUCUUAAACAGAGAAUCCCAAUCUGUCAGGUACAAAAUCCAAAAGAACUACAAAACCCAGCUCGCCACCUGCUCUGCUCCAGGAAAGGGAAAGUUUUUUAGUGAUUUUUUUAUUUUCAUUAACCUGGAUUAGAGUGUCUAGUUUAAUCUGUUCAUCCAUGAGAGGAUAACAGAUGACUGUUUUUUUUUUCUCCCGUAUUUUGUUUGACACAUAUUUGACACUCAUUUUAAUCCGAGCAGAGUGAUUAUUAUAAAGUUUAUUAUCAGCAUCAAACUCUUCAGCAGCUUUAUGUCAGGUAUCAAGCCUCACAGAGAUCUUCAGUGAUGUCAUGACAAAGUGACAAAGUCUAAAAGUCUACUGAAGGGAAUUUUCUGAAAGCAUCUUUAAAAAGAGUGAUGCCUUCAGGGACCUUCGUGUACACAGACAAUUAGCAGGUGGUCUGUUACCUUCUGAGCUGAAGUUUAAACUGCAAUAGAGAAAACAGGUGUUGGGUGUAGAAGCCACUUUGUCACGUGUUUGAUCAGACAGACAGAUGGAUUGAUUAUUGAUCACUGAGACACUCUUAAAGGUCUGGAGCUCUGAUGUAAAGAGCUGUGGUUGUCUUGGAGAGAAAAUCACAACAGAAGAGUUUUUAUCCAGACAAACUCAUCAGCAGGUCGAUUCAGUAGAUGUUCUUCCUUUUAUCACUGCUCUCUUCAUGGAGCCCUAGAGGCUAUUAGUGAAGGCUGUAUUAAUGGUUAAUAAAUGAUAUUUGUAUGCCUCAUACUUGAGUUUAUCUACGUGGACGUAACAUGGCUAACUUAAAACAGUAAAGUGCCAAGAGGUCAGACAUUUACUUUUUACCUCUGACCUGUGACACUUAAUUUAGAAGUGCUAACGAUGCACCUUUUUACUCUUAGAGGAUAACUUUUUUGAUAAUUCAGUGUAGCUUUUUAAAUACAUUUGAAUCCUGAUUUCCCCCUGCUGAAAAAGUAGACUUAAUUUUAAUGUUUGAAGUAUUUUUAUGAUAAAUAAUUAGAUUACUUUCAUUGGGACCACUAAUCAAUCAGGUCUGUUCUCAUUUUCUUUAAACUUGUCAUGAACUUAAUCUGAUUUCACCUCAAACAUUUCAGUUUUCAGAUGUCAGAGAUGCCUUAACUGGUCGCUUGAAGACAGCACUGUUGGUUUAUUAACAGUUCAGUUUACCAGAAACACGAGUUACAACCUCUUUGUAUGAUUAAAAUCUAAUAACCGAUCAAUAAACUUCCAUUAUUGAUUGAUUAACCAUUAAUAAGCCUUUAUGAAAGCUACUACAUUAUCUCUGAGACGCUAUCAUGCUGCAUGUGACAAUGCACGACCCACCUGAACCCAAUGCUCCAGAGCUAACACAGCCGGCAGCAGAGUGACUGUGUGUGAGAGCAUGAAGAGUUAAAGACGAGCCGUGUCUGCUGCUGACAUCUUUACGUCUGAAUCACCUGCUUCACUCUCACCUUUCACGCACCAACAGGUGUGUGUAUGUUUUCAGACAGUGACACACUCCAGCAUGUGGGUCAUAUGUGUGUGUAGCCUGCCUGCUGCUCUGACCUGAGGAUGAGGAUGAAGAGGAGGACAGUAAUGGCGGUGUUUUAGAAGAAGCACAAAGAGGAGUUCUAAUAGAGUUUAGCAUUAAAAACAUUCAGAUGGUGAAUUAUGAUGAUGAUGAUGAUGACUGGUUGUUAAAAAGACAUUUUCUUUUCUUUCUCUUUUCUGGGGUUGUGAAUAAUUAAACUGAAGUUGAUCUAAA